AUGGUUUCAGUGUAUUUGGGUACUCCAAGAGGUUGGCUUAGCUCGAAGUAUCCAGAUCUUUGGCGCUUCCGAGGAGGUGGAAGGGUAUACAUUCUGUUUAGGCACCAACAAGCUGGGGCGAUUCUUCGAACAUCAUCCACAUUUAAGAAGUCUGAUUCGUGCGACUGUCUAUAUGAUAAGAGGAUCAAUCUUCCGUCUGAAACACACUCUGAGUCCACCAAAGAAUCUCUCGCUACGCAGUUCAUCCGUGUUAUUUUAAACAAGACGCCACUAGCCUUGCAGUACGACGAAGUUUAUGGCACCUGGUGGAUACUAGAAGCCUCGGCACAGUCCAUCCAGCCAGAUGAUGUCAUCUAUCUUCUAGAAGGAGGUUCAAAGCCAUCUAUCAUUAGAGUAUACAAGGAUUAUUCAGCCAUCAUCGUGACCACAGCUAUACCAGUUCUAGUCCACAUCAUAUGGUGUGAUACCAAUCUUGCAGAGGCCACCAAUAACCAGAGGGCAAUGAUUCAGCUCGAGGAUACCAUCAAGAGAUAUGAAGAGGUAUUGGGAAGAGAGAAUCUACAUAUAUUGUCGUUUAAAGAGAGACUUGCGUCUAUUUACGGUGAACUAAACUAUAAUCUCGACAGACUGGAGAAUCUCCUAUUGGAGGUGAUAAAGACCGGACAAGAUUUCGAAGGCAAUUUUCAUCAAGAUACAUUGAAUAACAAAACGCAACUAGCGAUGAUUUAUAUUAAGGCAAAAUGGAAGUAUGGCAUUGAUUCAAUUCCGUUGAAGUCACCACCGCCGGUCAAGGAGGAAGAUUAUGCUUACGCAAGAGAAAUAACUGAUGCGAUCAGAGAUAAUGCCCAAAUUCGAGAAGUGGAUUUAAUAAGGGCUAUAUUGUGCAUCCACCAAGGAACGGCGCAUCCGAGUUACGUCGGUCAACGAUUGUUGAGGCUUUUGCUAAGCCUAAAAAGAGAAAAUACUUCAAUCACAAAGGACAUAAUAGGAUUCACCGCAGUGUAUGGAUGUACGAGCCAGCUAGGUUUGCUGUUGCAAGCAUCUGAGCCAGCUUGCGAGGAAAACAAGGAGGGAACAUAG